AGGCUUCUCUCUGGUAAUGGUAGAGUCCUCGGUUCGAUCCUGGCCCUCGUCCUGCGUAUUUUCCUAUUAAGGGAUGCUUCAAAAAUUCAGUGCUUGAAGGAGUUUAAGCGCCUAGUGUUGGAUUCAGUGUGACCAAGUUCGACCAGUUUGACCAAGCACGUAAAUUUCAAGGAACUUUUAGAAACAUUAUACGCUGAUAUAACCUAAGGGUUAAAAGGCGUUCCCGUGAGAGGUAAGGUGUCACGUUUAGUGUCAAACGCUGUGUAACAUAGAACAUCUAAAAUGACGGAAAUUGAAGAAUGGAUGUGGAAACAUUACACGAAAGAAACUUCUGACACAGUAAAGUGUAAUUGUUGUGAAGAAAUUUUUUCUAAUAACCACAGACUGCAAAUCUUGAAGUAUCACUUAUAUGAUGACCAUGAAAUAACAGAAUUAAAUGAACACGAAGAACGUGACAACAUACAGCAACAUUACAAAAUAACAUGUCUAACGGCAAAAUGUAACCAUUGUAAGAGAGAAAGUAAUCUUGCAAUUAAUGGCGUGCAUAAUUUAAUAAUGCAUUUACAAGUUAUGCACUCGGAUAAAAUAGAGAAGAAAAGAUCAUUUAUAUGGGACAAUUUCGAGGAAGGAAACAAUGAAGCGACAUGCAAACAAUGUGGAGAGACAAUAAAAAUAAAUACAAAUAGUAAGAGACCAAAUUUAAUCUGUCACUUGCGUUCUUGUCGGUUCGAUAUAACGGAAGAUAAGGCGACGUGCAAAGUAUGUAAAAGAGUAAUAAAAAUAAAUCCUAAACGUUCAGCACCAAGUUUAUUUCAACACUUAUGUUAUUGUAGCCCCUUUAAAAAUGAAGACCCGGAUAAAACUAAUUUAAAUAAGAUAAAAAAGACGUCGCACUUAUGGGACAAGUUCGAUAUAACGGGCAACAAGGCGACGUGUAAAGGAUGCAAAAAAGUAGUAACAGUGCAUCCUAAUCGUUCAACAACAAGUUUCCACCAACACUUACUUUAUUGCGGCCACUUUAAAAAUGAUAAACUGGACAAACAUAAGGUGAUGCCAAAGAGAUCAAACGUAUGGGACAAGUUCGAUGUAAGAGAUGACGAUGCAACAUGUAAAGGAUGUAAAAAAAUAUUAGCAAUAAAGCGUGGAAGUUCUAUAGCAAAUUUAAGCCAACACUUACGUCGUUGCCACCAUUUAAAUUUUGAUAAUCUAAGUAAAGAUGAGUUGAAUAAAUUACGAAAAAAGUCAAAAAUAUGGGGAAAUUUCGAUAAUAACGAAGACAGUGCGAUAUGCAAACAAUGUAAAGAAACGAUCUCAAUAACAGGCAGAUAUCCAGGAUUAGAUUUACGGAAUCACUUAAAAUUUUGUCGGAAACGUAUGAAGAAAAUGAAAAAGAAUGCCAUACAUGCAAAGGAUGUUAAUAAACUGUAAAAGUUAAAAGAAACUAUAAAUAUUGAACAUUAUAUUUAAAUCAACAUUUAUUUUUUGUCGGUAAGUAAACAUAAGAAAAAUAUUUAAAAUAAUAAUGUGUACUAGUGUACUGAAGAAAAACAUUUGAAAUAAUAAUGUAUAUUGAUGUGUACUAAAGAAAGUGCAAUGAUGUAGUACAAUGAUGUUUAAAUAAAUGUAUGUAAAUAUAA